CAAUAAUGGCAACCUCAAAUGUAGUCGUCCUGAUCAGCCACCAUCUUUCUAGGUUAUCCUCUCGUUUCUUAACAGUGAAUUACAAUGGCGUGGGGCGAAUAUCCAGCAGGCUACAACCCAAAAGUCCAUGGACCUUAUGAUCCAGCCCGCUUCUAUGGAAAAGCUGAUACUGCCCUAGCCAAUGUGAAAUUGGGAGAACUUGGUGCGUGGCUUGGACGUAGAAACCUGAGUUUGGGAGGUAUUGCAGGAGGCUUCAGCCGUGGUUUUUGGCGCUGGCAACACAAGUACCUUCCCAAAAAGGUUGGAAUUGCCCCAUUUGUGCAAUUUACUGUUGGUUCCAUGAUUUUAUUCUAUGCCCUCAAUUAUGGAAAAAUGAAGCACCACCGUAACGUCAAAUACCACUGGUAAAAGUUGGUCAUGCAAGAUGUCUGACAACUCCAUUUGUAUAGCCAAUUCAAUAGCUUAUAAAACCAAUACAUGAAAACAAAAAGUU